ACACGGUGAAGGGAUCAAGACUUUCGAGCUUUGAUAUUUAUUUCUCCUUUCUUCCCGAUUGGAAUUGGGUAUAUGUACUAUCAGUUUCGUGCCCUAACCCCCACCCAUCCUCUCUCUCUCUCAAGUCUACAUCCUUACAAGUGAAAGGAAAAAGAUCCUGAAUAAACCCUAAAACAUGUCUGGGAUGUAUGGUCCUGGGGGCGACGAAUCUGCUCCACCUCCCAGAGGUGGUGGUGGUGGCUAUGGCGGUGGCAGUGCUGGUGGAGGCUAUGGAUCUGGCAGUGCUGGAAACUAUGGAACUGGCGGUGGUAGUGGCUAUACAGGUGCUUCUAGCGGGGGCUAUGGAGGUAGCGGCGGCGACGGGGGUUACGGAGGCAGCGGUGGCGGUGGUGGAGGCUAUGGAGGUGGUGGGGGUUAUGGGAGUGGCGGUGGAGGUAGAGGUGGCGGUGGGGGUGGAUAUGGCGGGGGCGGAGGCGGAGGCUAUAGUGGUAGCGGUGGUGGAAACUACGGUGGUGGUGGCGGUGGAGGGGGAAGAGGAGGAGGAGGAUACGGAGGGAAUUCACAAAAUCGAGGCGGUGGUGGCGGAUACCAAGGAGGGGAUCGCGGCAGUAGAGGUGGAGGUGGUGGUAACAGAGGCGGCGGUCGUGGCGGUAGCGGUAGAGAAGGAGAUUGGCUCUGUCCCAACCCAAGUUGUGGGAAUCUGAACUUUGCAAGAAGAGUUGAAUGCAAUAAAUGUGGUGCGCCCUCUCCAACUGGAGCAGGCGAUCAUGGUGGUAGUGGCGGUGGUUAUAACAGAGGAGGAAGCGGAGCCGGACACGGUGGGCACCGUGGUGGUAGAAACGGUGGUUAUGGUGGUAGAGACGGUGGUGGAAGAGGUGGCUCUUAUGCUGGUGGUCAAGGAAGAGAAGAUGGUAAUUAUGGUCAGAUGGCUCCGCCUGCAUCGGGAUCCUAUGGUGGUGGUAGUGGAAAUUAUCCUCCUCAACCGAAUUCUUAUGGUGGAAAUAGUAAUUAUGGAACGGAGGCAGUUCCUCCUCCUACCAGCUACACUGGUGGUCCUAAUUCGUAUCCCCCAUCCUAUGGUGCCCCUCCAAAUAGUUAUGGUGGCGAUGCCCCAGUUGAUACACGCGGAAGUGGUCGCGGAGGUCCACCAGGUGCGUAUGAUGGUGGAUAUGGUGGUGGCCCCCGACACUCAGGUGGUGGCUAUGGUGGUGCUCCAGCUGAACCUCCAGCUAAGAUCAAGCAAUGUGAUGAGAAUUGUGGGGAUUCCUGCGACAACUCAAGAAUCUACAUCUCCAAUCUGCCACCGGAUGUGACUACUGAAGAGCUAAGAGAGCUUUUUGGGGGGAUUGGCCAGGUUGGUAGAAUCAAGCAAAAGCGAGGAUAUAAGGAUCAAUGGCCUUGGAACAUAAAGAUAUACACAGAUGACCAUGGGAACAGCAAAGGAGAUGCAGUUCUGUCUUAUGAAGAUCCCUCUGCUGCCCAUUCUGCAGGGGGCUUUUAUAAUAAUUAUGAUAUGCGGGGUUAUAAAAUCAGUGUUGCAAUGGCAGAGAAAUCUGCACCAAGGGCUCAACCAGCCUAUGGUCAUGGGAACAGUGGUGGUGGUAGAGGUGGAUAUGGCAAUGGUGGGGACAGACGCAGGGAUGGUGGAGGUUCUGGUCCAGAUAGGCAUUAUCAUGGUGGGCAGCGCUCACGUCCAUAUUGAUUGAACAUUGGCUCUGCUUUAUUGUACUAAGAAAUGUGAUGAGGGAAUUCUAAAUCUAUUCCUGUUCGCGGGUUUGUUUUCAUACAGGAGAGUAGGAGACUAAGAGGUAGGUUGUUCGCUUUCUUGGGCAAAACCUAACCUUCUCCUUCUAUCAUUUAUCUUAUUUCUACAGGUUCAAGGGGUCUUGUUUCUUUAAGAUGGGGAUUAAUUUAAACCAUGUGAAUGUUUUUUUAGAGGCAAGUGGAUAAUCUCCAAAUUGCUGCUAAGGUAGGUUGAGAUUUUCAGGUGAGUGCUACUCUUUCAAAAUUUUGUCGUUAUGCUUGGGCAUCAAUUUGAAAGAUGGGUGCAUUGCAUGGCUUUGCAUGCAUGUUUCUGUACUUGAAUUAUGUAGCAUUGAAUAGAUGAUUGUGAUUGCAUCCCAAGCAGGAUUUUUUCACCCAAAGCUAUAUUCUUUUUAAGCCUGCAUGCCAGUGCCAUGUAUCCUAAUUCAAUUGUUAGGUCAGUUGAUUGGAGACCUGGCUUCUCAACGGCAUUUGUUCCGUCUCAGUUUACUCCUGAGGCUAAGGUGUUAGUUGUUCCUCCAUAGCUUUCCUAAAACUUGAAGGAAAAAGAUUAUUCAUGCGCCCUGAAAAAUAUCUCAACUAGUGAAAUAGAUGCUGUCAUUUCCCAAAUUCGCGAUAUGGUUGAUUAUUAGGCAGGUGUCAAGGGCAAGUUCCACGGUUCCUUUUUCCACUUUCCAUCAAAAUGUUUGUUGGAACUUGGAUCUAUUCAAGAUUCACCGUGUCCUUUUGGUACGUACCCUAAGCAACAUCCUGUCAACUAGAUUGGCUUUCCUCCCUCCAACAUGUCAUUGCUACAUGGCCUUGGAUAAAAGGAGAUCAUCUGGAUUAUGUAUGAUUCAGGGGACUAGGGGGGACUUGCCCUCUGGGAUGGAGCUCGGUUCCUUUUGACCUCGGUCAACAGCAGUGCGUUGCAUGCUCAAAUUCAAAUGUUGGACUGUUGAAGUGUUACCGACUUUGAACGUCAGUUUUGGCCACCCAGAAGUCUUCAUUUUCGGUUGUCAUGCCAGUUGCAAUGGCUUAUUGUGAUUUGUGAGCGCUAUUAAUCCAUUUGAUACUGGCUUGCGGUGUAUUUACUAUUUUAGGAGGGAACAAAGAUAUUUACUACGUAGGUUUAGGUGUCUACUGGUCUUGGAAGUCUCAAUUUUGUAGACGAUUAUGUUGACACACACUACUAUUUUUUUAUGCACGAAAGGUCGGUUUUAUUGC